AUGAUGACAACCCAACAAUUGCCGCUGUUCAGGAGAGUCCAAUGGCUGCUACUGGUACUUGUAGUAGCGGCUCCUCCAGUGUCCCUUGCUGGAGAGUCUGUCACAGGGACGACUCCAAAACAGAAAAGACACUGGAGUGAAUAUGAAGACCUUGGUGCUGACUUGGAGCCUCAUCCGGAUCCCAAUGAAGAGCACUAUGAAGGAAUGAUCUAUGUCGGACGAUGGGAACACACAGAGGCUCAUCACAAGACCGUCGUGGAUACGGCCAUUGAUCCCAACAGCAAGCGCAUUGGAUUUGAUCGCGACAAUGCCGUCAAGUACCUUUUUGGAACUUCCUUUGACGAAACACACAAGCAGGUAGAAGAGCGAGAUUUGCACCCCGAAGAUCAUCAUAUGUUCAAUCAUGAUGGCGAUGUCCCUGAUCGAGCUCAUGAAACCAAGUCCCGAGCCGAGGUAUUGAAAGAGCGUCGUCACAAGGGCAUUUCCGAACAGGGUCCAAAACCCUAUGGACACAUUGACGCACACCCUCUGGAUGGCGGUGCUGUACCACCCAAAGUGGUCCGAGUGGAACCCUUCUUUUUGGACGCCACUCCCGUCACCAAUGCGCAAUUUGGAAAGUUCGUCCGAGCCACCUACUAUGAGACGGAAGCCGAACAGUUUGGCUGGUCGUUUGUCUUGCAGAGCUUUUUGAAUCCCAACUAUGAACCCACCGACACGACAACCGACAUUCAUGUAGACCCCGAAGCACCCGAUUGGGUGGCAGUUCAAGGCGCCUAUUGGAGGCGGCCGGAAGGACCCAAAUCCACUUACAAACUGCGAGAAGACCACCCCGUGGUGCAUGUCAGUCAUCGGGAUGCCGCCGAAUAUUGCAAAUGGAAAGGAAAGCGAUUGCCAGGAGAAUGGGAGUGGGAAGCUGCAGCCCGUGCGGGUCACUGGGGCCCCAAAAAUCGAACACUCUAUUCCUGGGGAGAAGAUGAUACCUACGAGGUUGCCAAAAAGUAUGCCAACUUGUGGGGCGAAGGAACCUUUCCCACAGUCAACCUGGCUGAAGAUGGAUGGCGAGGAACGUCUCCCGUCCAGCAAUAUCCACCCAAUCCCAUGGGUUUCCAUGACAUGACGGGAAACGUCUGGGAGUGGAUGCGUGGUGGAAAAUCGAAAUCCCGAAUUGUUCGAGGAGGCAGUUAUGUGGAUAGUUUGGAUGGAAGCGUCAACCAUGCAGCUACGUUGGGUGCCCGUGACACGGUUCAUGGAACCACCACCACCGGCAAUAUUGGGUUUCGUUGUGCCAAGGCCCCCAAGCGACGAACCGAGUAUCACUACGUUUGGCACGACGAAGAGCAGCAUGGUACUUUGGCCGUCGAAGAUCGAUUUGGAAGGAGAGAUCAGGUCCCCAUGCGGGGCUGGGAAGAUCAAUUCGAGGUGAUUCACGAUGAGGAAGACGAAGACGAUUUGGAGGACAACAGCAAACCCAAACGGAAAAAGGUCAUCAAAAAGCGAGAACGACUCAUGUCCGAGUUGUAG